AUGCAGCUCAAGGUCGCCACCAUCCUCCUCGCCUCCACCGCCAUCACUCAGGCCCAGGCUGCCGCCGCGCAACAAGCAAAUGCCAAUGCUGCUCAAUUGCAGAAUGCCCAGGCAGCUACCCAAGACACUCAAAAGACCGACGCUACACAGGUGCAAGACGCCGCUGCUCAACAGGCCAAUGCCAACGCGGCUCAGGUGCAGAACGCCCAAGCUGCGACUCAGGACACUCAAAAGACCGAUGCUGUCCAAGCUCAGAACGCUGCUCAGCAGCAAUCCAACGCCGACACCGCCCAAUUGCAAAACGCUCAAGCUGCCACAAAUGGUCAAGCUACAGCACAAGACGCUCAAAACGCCAACGCUCAGAAUCAGAAAGACGCUCAGCAGAAUCCGGACGCAGCGAAUAACAAAGAUGCAGCCAAUGAGGAAGACCUCAGCAUCGGACUUGGGCUCGGACUGGGCAAUCUCCUCAACAUCGGCGCGAACGUCAACAUUGGUGGAUCAGGCUACCGGCCCUGGCGCCCCUGGUCCGGAACUUCUUUGUACAGUUACGGGUAUUCAGGCUGCUACUCGACAGCUUGCUACGUGCCUAGGCGUUGCGGUUAUUGUCUCUACUAA